AUGAUCAUCCGCGAAUUCGCACAAGAAUCUGUCCCGCUGCAGGACCCGAGGGAAGGGUGGAGAGUGAGCUAUGGCAUCUGGAUUCGGUGCGUGGUGAUGACGUUCCUGAUAUCGCAUACAACUGGAUGUCAAGCGAUACACUUCAUCGAUGUUGUAUCCAUGCUCGCACGCCGACUGAUCUUCAUGUCAAUAGGGGUAGCGCUCAGUAUUCUCGCGUGUUUAAUGGCUCUUGGAGAUGUUCUCCCCUUCCCCGUUCCAUUCGUCGUCCUCACGAUGGCCCCGAUCUUCAAUAGUCUCCAGGUUAUUGGCUUUCGAGUUGCACUGGGCAGACGGAUGUUCCACGAAAUGCUAGCGCAGCGUGAGCAAUUGGUUCGGUUCCUAGUAUUUGUGGCCACCCAGGUCUCCCUGUUGUACGUGUAUCCUGCCUACGAGACGCUGUUCCGCUUGAGGAAAAACUCGUACUAUCAGCUUCUAGUGAUUUUACUCCUGCCAGCUCUCAAGGUGAUCGUCAAGAACAUUGUGCGGCGGUGCACUAUGCACAAGGAAGACUUGGUGCCGGAGUCCGUCAUCUUCACUGUGGACUUCUUCAACGCGAUUUACGUCGCCACGUGCAUGCAGAGCUCCUCCUCUCUCGUCGGUAUUCUGGCCCUCACUUUGACGGACGUCUCGCAGGCUUUGUUCACAUUCUACGGGUUGUAUCGCCAAACGACCGGAGUGACUCGAAAGCCGCGCCAGAUUAUGAGAGGAAGUCAACUCGAAGACGAUUUACUGAGCCAUCUGCUCUUCUUGUGUCCGAAUCCGGAGAUGUUAACAGCGCCAGUAUUUGAGAAUUCGUCGAAGAAUACGAUAAAUGAAGCAUCGUCCCACCCAAGGCCAAGCUGGGACUCUAUCAAGUCGCUAGAGCUCGAGGCUGCAGAGGAAAAUCGGCCGCCAGAGCCCUCACCGGCUUCGACCGAGGAUAAUUCUACGCUGCAGGAAGAUCUACUGGCGGUGCUCUUUACGACAGAGUGCCUCAUUGCCACCGCGUACCUGGAAGUGCUCGUCCCGCUUUUUUACAGCCUGUACGUCUGUGUGAUGGUGCGCAUUCCCAGCGCGCGAUACCAUACCGACAUGGCUGGCCUCAGCCGUGACAAUGCUGGAUCCACAGUAUUCUCGGUUUUCUUGUUCGGACUGGUUCAAGUGGUUUGGUUCGUGGUGCUGCUAGCCGUUAUCAAACGCAACUGUAGGAUGAAGGCGCUGUACCAGCUCGCGUUUAUGCUGGAGACACAGAAAGCGUUGGUGCAGGGCAAGCUCAUGCUGUGGAUGGUUCUCACUCUAAGCUUCCGCGUGGUUCAUUUCGGUGUCGACUUCACGUUCCAGUUCUCAACUUCUGGAUACGGAUCCCCCGAAACGGUUACUCCUGGAAGCCAGCUGACCCAGCGGUUCGGCCAAUCAGAGAGCGCCGGCGAGCAUCGAGAGCGCUCUGAUUGGCCACGACUGGACGACGGCGACUCCCUUGUGGAGCCAGUCGUUCCUGGCGACCGGAGCUCCAGCGAAAGGCAUGCACCUGGCCGGCGUGCUUGCAUGCCACGGCUGGGCAGCUCGGCGGUGAAGCCGCGGACCAAGCUGGAUUUCUGCGUCGCUGUGUGCGGCGGCCCCACCGCGCCGUGUCCCAUUACAAACCAGGCCACGGGUGACGCCGUGGGCCCUCCUGGUCACCAGAUCGUCGGGUGUGCGGCACUCCAACGUGCGCACACCCUCCACAGCACUCGUAGUGACGCGCGGGAGCAUGCUGUCAGUCAACGUGGCCUGCGCUACAUGGAGCUGGCUGCGACGGGGUGGUCCUCUCAUGGUGCACUCAUGGCGCGGCGGGGCGAAGAAAAUCGCAGUGGCAGAGACCCAGAUACGGCUGACUCGGGGAAGAAGGAACGCAAGUCGGCCCAGGAAAAUGCAGUGGAGAACUCAAGCUUCGGAGGGCAGGCGCUGCUGAAGGAGCAGCGGGACCGCGUUCGCUGUCCGCGAACCAGUCGACCCCGCGACGCUGCCGCCGCGUACGACGCCCGUUAUGGACGCGGGACCGUCCUCUACAUCACGAGCGCCGACGCGUGGCCAAUAGCCACCAAGCGGCUGCGACAGCCCCACAAGAAGGUGAUCGUCGUGCCCCAUCACGUUUAA